UCUUUCCUUCCAUCAAAGUUUCAUGUUUAAUACCAGACUAUAUCAAGACAGAUGGUUAGUCCAAAACACACUGCCCUACAUAUUACCGUACUUGGAAGUAGACGAUGUUUUAAAUCUAUCACAAACAUGUGAGUUAUGGAAAUCAGUUUUACAGGAAUACUAUUUUGCGAGAACAUUUAUUCCCACUUGUUACGAUCACAAAGAUUCGCUUAUUGAAUAUGGCCCACAAGUUGAACGAUUACAAUUAAUGGAUAUAAAAUUUCAAAAUAUAUUAAAGGUAUCAGAGGAAGCCAGUUUCACUUCAAACCAAAACUCAAAAGAGUUUCUAGCAAAUUUCGAAAAUCUGAACCAUUUCAGUUUCUACACUUCCUCGAGGUUAAUUUUUAUUGAACGCCGCAACUACAUCAUCAACGAAUAUUUUUAUUGGAAAUCUUUGCUCAAUACUAAACUAACUUAUCUGGAUUUGGCGUUUCAUCUUCCAGCGACUUUUGGUAGAGAAGUUUUGAGAUAUUUGAAAAGUCUCGAAGUGCUAAAGUUGCACUUUUAUAGCGGAAUCGAUGAAUAUUUGUUUGAAUCUAUUGGGGAUUUGAAAUGUCUUUAUAAGUUGGAACUGUUGAAAGUUGAAGUGAAUGAAGAUAUGUCUAAAUUUUUACCAAUGUUUUCAAAUUUGGAUGAGCUUACUUUACUAAUAAGAGCCCCGUGUGAUACAAAUUAUACAGUUUUACUUAAAAAUGUAGCAGAAUUGUCUUCAUCUUUGAAAAAAUUUUGUUGGGUUGUAGCUAAAGUGACAAUGAGUGAUGCAUUUUUCGGGCUAAAUAGCCAGAAUUUUUUGGGUUUGAAUAAUUUAGUAGAUACUUUUGAUAAAAGAAUUUUAAUAGAAUCGUUGAGAAGGCAUUUGCCUUAUACUAAAAUAACCGUUGAAUUUGAUUAUGAGUUUCCUUUAGGGAUUAGGAAACAUUUUAAGAAGUGCUUUAGUUGCUGUAAAGAGGCAGAAACUUCCUUCGUUAGUUCUUAUGAUAUGGGAUGUGGAAUAACCAAUAAGUAAAUCUGAUUGUUGUUUUACUAUAUCAUAACUUAGGAUUGUAUUUUUUGUUGGAUAGGAAAAUCUCAUUAAAUUCCUAAAUUCUCCAAAAUAGCCGCGGC